CUACCGGCAAACUCCUCCUUUGUGAACCUUUGAGCUUCGUACCAAUUUUCUAUUUUCCCAUUCUCCACCUCCACGUGGCACCAUCACCCUCCAAAGUCCAAAAUUUUAUUUCUAUAUAAAAACCACACACAAGGCUCCACUCAGCUUUUCUAUCGGCCGAGUCAGUGUCACAGUCUCUCUACCUCCAAAGCCGGCAACGGAUCAUCAUGAGGGUCCAAUCAUGGCUAGCCAUCUGCUCCACAACUCACGACUCAAUCAUUCCCUUCUCUAAAACCGAGCCAUCGCCGUCGUCUCGGCCGAAACUCGGAGGUUCUGAUACCAGCAGCUCCUCCGAUUUUCCCAGUACCAGUACUAGCGACACCUCCAGUAGCAGCCUCCAAAGCAAUCUCUCCCUCCAGACGCUACCAUCUCUCCCCUCCCUCCAGAAGCUUUCCCCUCUCGACGCCCUCGACCUCUCCGUCUCCCACCUCUGCUUCACCACUCUCACACCCCGACAGCCCUCUCUCCCGAUCACCUGCCUCGCGGUGCACCGCGACCUUCUGUACGCCGCAUCGGGCCACGAGAUCAACAUCUACGAUCGAACUGCCUGCACGCAUCUUGAGUCAUUCAGCGCCCGCGAUGCCGGUUCAGUUAAGGCCGUUAGUUUUUCUGACGGCAAGGUGCUCAGUUCGCACCAAGAUUCUAAAAUUAGAGCCUGGCAGUUGACGACGGCGACUAAACGGCACAAGCUUUUAACCGUCCUCCCAACCUUCACCGACCGCCUGCGCCGCUUCGUCCUCCCCAAGAACUAUGUCACCAUCCGCCGCCACAAGAAACGGCUCUGGAUCGAACACGCUGAUGCCGUUACCGGCAUCGCCAUUAAUAAUGGCUUGAUUUACUCCGUUUCCUGGGACAAGAGCUUGAAGAUUUGGAGGGAGACCGAUCUCCGCUGCGUUGAGUCCGUUAAGGCGCACGAGGACGCCGUGAACGCCGUGGCGGUCUCGAAGGACGGGACGGUUUACACCGGGUCGGCGGAUCGGCGGAUCCGGGUGUGGGCGAAACCAUUUGGAGAAAAGCGCCACGUGCUGGUGGCGACUUUGGAGAAGCACAAGUCAGCGGUGAAUGCUCUGGCCCUAAACGACGACGGAUCGGUGCUGUUUUCUGGGGCUUGUGACCGUUCAAUCUUGGUGUGGGAGAGAGAGGACAGUGCGAACCACAUGGCGGUGACGGGGGCGUUGAGAGGGCACGGAAAAGCUAUACUGUGUUUAAUCAACGUCGGGGACAUGUUGUUGAGUGGGUCCGCUGAUCGGACGGUGAGGAUGUGGCAGCGUGGGGGAGACGGGAGUUUUAGCUGUUUGGCGGUUUUGGAGGGGCACGUGAGGCCGGUGAAGUCGUUGGUGGCGGUUGCGGACGGUGGUUCAAACGGUGUCGUUUCAGUUUACAGCGGAAGCUUAGACGGAGAGGUGAAGGUGUGGCAUGUGUCGAUUUCGAAUGGGAACAGUGAGAAUAUUAAUCCAGUGUGUGAGUUGAAAAUGUAAGAAAAUAAUUACGUACAGCAAGUACCAUAGAAUCUACUGCGGCAGUAGCCCCGCCGCAGCCGACGAUCAUUAUCUGAUAUUUUUUUCUGGAUGUGAUUUGCUAGAUUUUAUAUUUUAUUUUUGGUGAAGAUGUGAUUUGUUAGAUAUGUAGAUACCAUAAUCAUUGGUUUGUUUAAUACAGACUUGUUUUGGUACGUUGAGUGAA